CAGAGUGAAGACAUAAUGCACAAGCUCACAAAGGCGCCACUGGCCUUUAACGGACUUGGCCGGUGUUUUAUAACAGAAAAGCACUUACCUGCUGUAAAUAUCAUCAAGAGAAGAUUAGUAUGUUCAGAGAAUGAGCGCGAUUCUGGCCAGAAUGAGGUUUAUGAUGUCGUUAUUUCCGGGGGAGGGAUGGUUGGAUCUGCUAUGGCAUGCUCGUUAGCCAUGGAUCCCAAUCUGGCAGGGAGGAGGAUCCUGCUGCUAGAAGCUGGCAACAAGAAAGUAAUGGACAAAGUGCCAGACACCUACAGCACUAGAGUCAGCUCCAUCAGUCCAGGCUCUGCCACCCUCCUCAGCGGUAUUGGCGCAUGGGAGCAUAUCACAAAGAUGAGAUGCAAGCCAUAUCAAAGGAUGCAGGAGAACCUGCAGGACGAGAUGGCCUACAUUGUGGAGAAUGACAUCGUUGUGGCUGCAAUCACCAAACAGCUUGACACCCUGUCUGAUAGCGUGCAAGUCAAGUACAGAUCUAAGGUGGAGAAGUACGGGUGGCCCAUGCCCCACCAGGCAGCCGACUAUGUCCCAUGGGUGCGGGUCACUUUGGCCAACGGGGAAACGCUCCAGACAAAGCUGUUGAUUGGUGCCGAUGGACCAAACUCAAUGGUAAGGCGGGAAUUGGGAAUACCGACGGUCAAGUGGAAUUACGACCAGUCUGCUGUGGUGGCAGUCCUGCGCCUGUCGGAGCCCACAGAGAACAAUGUGGCGUGGCAAAGGUUCCUCCCCACAGGGCCCAUCGCCAUGCUACCACUGUCGGACACAGAGAGCUCUUUGGUGUGGUCAACCAGCCAUCGGAUGGCGGAGGAGCUGCUGGAGCUGGACGAGGAGAGCUUUGUAGACGCCAUCAACUCGGCCUUCUGGAGUAAUGAGAACCAGUCGGAGCUAAUUGAGACAGCUGGCUCUCUGUUCAGGGGCGCGCUGUCCGCCAUCAUGCCGUCGGCAGGUUCACCUCGACAGCUCCCACCAAGCGUGGCAGGGAUCGGCCCAAAGAGCAGGGUCAUGUUUCCUCUGGGUAUGGGCCACGCAUCGGAGUACAUCCGGCACAGGGUAGCGCUCAUUGGGGAUGCGGCCCAUCGUGUUCAUCCACUGGCCGGUCAGGGAGCCAACUUAGGAUUUGGGGAUGUGGCUUGCCUCACACAGCUUCUGAGCCAGGCAGCCUUUAACGGGAAGGACCUGGGAGCAAUACAGCACUUGUUAGAAUAUGAGACUGAACGUCAGCGACACAAUCUGCCCAUGAUGGCUGCCAUCGACCUCAUGAAGCGGCUUUAUUCCACCAACGCUGCUCCUGUGGUUCUCCUACGCACCUUCGGUCUGCAGGCCACCAACAUGCUCCCCACACUAAAAGUAAGCACCCCCUUGCUCGAGCUUCACAUCUCGUCCAAUUUGGAGAUCAGUGGCAUAACAUCGACCACCUGUCAAACCUUAGCCCCGCCCACACGGUGA